AUGCCACCAAAAAGACCCACAACUAGAUCAACAAAACGACAAAAUGAUAAGCGAGAACAAGAAGUUGAGGAUGCAGAAGCAGAGCUAAUGUCAAUGGAAAUUGAAAUUUCACCGAUUUCUUUAAACUCCAAAGGAAACUCGCGACAAAAGUCAAGGAAAAAAAACGCCGAAACGCGACAGAAUGAAGUAACGGACAUGGAAGACCUGGAUGAGAUGCGAAAAUUGUUGCAAGACAUUAAAGUUAAGCAGCAAAAUUUUGAAGCUUUACGAAAUAAUGACUUAGACAAAAAUGAGCAGAGUAUAAGAGAAUUCAAAAACAAUUGUGAGAAGCGGUCUCAAGAAGCUAUGGUACUUCAAUUAAAGCGUCAAAUAGAGAAUUUAGAACACGAGAAGAGGACCAUUUUGAGCCAAAGUCAAGAUUCGAUGGAGAUUGUUGCAACAAGUAGUAACAAUUCAUCGAGUAACGCUGAAGUAGCCAAAUUAAAAGAUCUUGAGACGGAAAAGAACAAACGUUCUGAAUCAGAAAUAAAGCAUUUACGCGAACAGGUAAAAAAUAUUGAGAAUUCUAACCACGCCGAAGACGUAGUAAAAUUAAGAGAACAAGUAAAAAGACUUGAGCUUGAGUUGAAACAAGAAUGUGAAAAUAGCAAGAAACUUACGGCUAAACUUUCAAAACCAUCUGUUUCCAGAAAACUAAAUCCAGCUGAACUCGAUCAAAAGUCAAAAGAAAUGCAAGAACAAGUAUCAUUAUAUGCGGAAAUGUCCAAUCUCUUAAUUCAAAAUGUAAAAGUGAUCUCACAAGAUGAAAAAACCUUUAAGUGCCUUCAUAGUGGAAGGAAUGGAACAUUGGAAUUCAAGCUCUCUUUUAAAGGAGGAGAGGCACAUUACGAACCAUCUCUCCAGCCCGAUCGAGAUGCCGACCUUAUGGCUAUUUUACCCGAUUACCUUAAAGAAGCAAUAGAUUUCAAAAAGGAAUCAUUAGAUCUAUUUUUCUGGAGAAUCUUGGAUUUUUUACAGAGAUCUCGUAACGACAGUGAUGGCAAAUGA